AUGUUUGUACAUAAAUUACAAAAUUUAGGAUUUUUGAUAAUUUUAUUAUCUGUUAUCAAUACUUCCUUCCAUCCAUAUCCUGUACAAGAAGAAUCAUUUAAUUCAUAUCCUGUAUAUCGAGUAGCGUUAAAUCCACGAGGAGAUGAUGAAAUAUUUAAUUUAUGCAUUCAUUGGUACGAUUAUACCCAACAAGAGAAAUGGACUAAGUGCGGCUUGCCAAAUACUAGUCCAUCAUCAGAGACAUCUCCGGAUUGGUCAAUAGGAUAUAAAUUAUCUAUACAUACAAUUGAUGGUACAUUUCAUGCAGAACCAUAUUUAUGGUGGGAUGGCUGGAUAGCAGGAGUAUAUUGUAACGAUUUAUAUCUUCAUACAAGUGGUUGGGAUCUUGUACUUUCUUAUGUUAUUAAUAUAGUUUACGAUAAUAAAUAUUUCUGGGAAUAA